AUGAACAGACAAGUCUGCAAGACAUCUGGUGGCGGCAGCCAGGGCUUCUCGGGCCGCUCCGCCGUGGUCUCAGGCAGCAGCAGGAUGAGCAGUGUGGCCCGCUCCGGGGGAGCCAGUGGAGGGGCCUGCGGGUUCCGGGGUGGAGCGGGAGGCUUCGGCAGUCGCAGCCUCUACAGCCUGGGUGGCAACAAGAGCAUCUCCAUCAGCGUGGCUGGUGGCUCCCGGGCUGGUGGCUUUGGGGGAGGCCGUAGCAGCUGUGGCAGUGUCUUUGGGGGCGGCUAUGGAGGUGGCUUUGGUGGUGGCUAUGGAGGUGGCUUUGGUGGUGGCAGAGGAAUAGGAGGUGGCUUUGGAGGAGGGGCUGGUGGCUUUGGUGGAGCUGGUGGCUUUGGUGGGGCUGGUGGCUUUGGUGGGGCUGGUGGCUUUGGUGGGGCUGGUGGCUUUGGUGGAGCUGGUGGCUUUGGAGGGCCUGGUGGCUUUGGUGGCCCUGGUGGCUUUGGUCCUGGUGGCUUUGGUGGUCCUGGUGGCUUCCCCGGGGGGAUCCAGGAGGUGACUGUCAACCAGAGCCUCCUGCAGCCCCUCAAUGUGGAGAUCGACCCCCAGAUCGGGCAAGUGAAGACCCAGGAGCGCGAGCAGAUCAAGACCCUCAACAACAAGUUUGCCUCCUUCAUCGACAAGGUGCGCUUCCUGGAGCAGCAGAACAAGGUCCUGGAGACCAAGUGGAGCCUGCUCCAGCAGCAGGGCACAAAUUCCAUCACAGGCACCAACAACCUAGAGCCCCUUUUUGAGAACUACAUCAGCACCCAGCGGAGCUACCUGGAUAGCGUCCUGGGGGAGAGGGGCCGCCUGGACUCGGAGCUGAGGAACAUGCAGGACCUGGUGGAAGACUUCAAGAAGAAGUAUGAGGAUGAAAUCAAUAAACGUACAGCUGCUGAGAAUGAAUUUGUGACCCUGAAGAAGGAUGUGGACGCCGCCUACAUGAACAAGGUGGAGCUUCAGGCCAAGGUGGACGCCUUAAUGGAUGAAAUCAACUUCCUGACAACCCUCUAUGAUAUGGAGCUGUCCCAGAUGCAGAGCCAUGUCAGUGACACAUCCGUGGUGCUGUCCAUGGACAACAACCGCAGCCUGGACCUGGACAGCAUCAUCGCCGAGGUCAAGGCCCAGUAUGAGGACAUCGCCCAGAGGAGCAAGGCAGAGGCUGAGGCAUUGUACCAGACCAAGUUGGGAGAGCUGCAGACCACGGCCGGCAGACACGGGGACGACCUGAAGAACACCAAGAGUGAGAUCAUGGAGCUCAACAGGAUGAUUCAGAGGCUGCGGGCUGAGAUCGAGAAUGUUAAGAAGCAGAAUGCCAACCUGCAGACGGCCAUCGCCGAGGCUGAGCAGCGUGGGGAGCUGGCCCUCAAGGACGCCAAUGCCAAGCUCCAAGAGCUGCAGGCUGCCCUCCAGCAGGCCAAGGAUGACCUGGCCCGGCUGCUGAAGGAGUACCAGGAGCUCAUGAACGUCAAGCUGGCCCUGGACGUGGAGAUCGCCACCUACCGCAAGCUGCUGGAGGGCGAGGAGUGCAGGAUGUCUGGAGAGUGCCAGAGCGCUGUCAGCAUCUCCGUGCUCAGCAGCGGGACAUCGGCGGCAGGUGGCUUUGGCGGUGGCUUCGGUGGGACAUCGGCGGCAGGUGGCUUCGGCGGUGGCUUCGGCGGGACAUCUGCGGCAGGUGGCUUCGGCGGUGGCUUCGGCGGGACAUCGGUGGCAGGUGGCUUGGGCGGCGGCUUGGGCGGCAGCUGGGGCGCAGGAGGAGGCACAGGUGGCGGCUGGGGCCGGGCGGGCGGUCUCAGCUCCGGCUCCGGGGGUCGCUGCGGGCUCAGUGGCGGAGGCUUCAGCUCGGGCAGCAGCCGGGGCGGCAGCAUCAAGUUGUCUCAGUCCUCGCAGCGCAGCUCCAGAUGAGCGCCGCACCCCCUGCCCGCAGCCGCCUCUCCCCUCCGCCCUCGGUGCCCCCCAGCCCGCUCCCCUGCACCGACCCCUGCCCUGGGCCGCUCCUGGGGGGCUAGACGACUCAGGCCUCUGGCUCCUCCUGCAUCCGGACCCCUGGCCAAGCAGCAGCUCGGGCUCCCCUCUGUGCCCGAUUGUCCAGGUGUGGCCUCUGCCACCGCCCUCUCCUGCCCUUGGGGUCCCCUCCCUGGGGGGAAUGGUCACCAGCCCUGAUGUACAUAACACACGGACCCCUCUGCCAACCAUUCUGUCGCCAAUAAAGUGCAUUGUGUUUCAA